AUGGCGCCUGGCAUACUCGACGGCAGCUCUGCGCUCGACACCCCCUUGGUCGACGUCGAGCACCAACUCGCACCCGUCGACGAGGACCAGGAAAUGGACGCCGUCGCCGACCUCACCAUGCUGCGCAGCUUCCCCGAGCCUCCCGCGGAAUGCCAGGUCUGCAUCGUCGGUGCCGGUCCCGCAGGCCUCAUGCUGGCCGCCACUCUUACCAGGUGCGGCAUCCACGUCGAGGUCAUUGAUGACAGGGCCGACCAUACACCCGUGGGAAGGGCAGAUGGCCUCCAGCCGAAGACCAUCGAGACGUUCAGACAGCUGCGCCUGGCCGACACCCUGCUUCAGCGUGGCGUCUGCGUCUUCGACAUUUCCUUCUGGCGCAGCACCGCCGAGGAACCGCUUCAUCGGCUGGGUCGUGAAGUCCACUACCCCCCUAUCAUCGACGUCCUGGACCCUUACAUCCUUCUGGUCCACCAGGGCAUCGUCGAGAGCCUCUUCAUCGACGACAUGAAGAAGCGAGGCAAAGACGUCCGUCGAAACACGGCCUUCGACUCCUACGACCAUGUUGCAGGCAAGUCCGGCCAGCUACAGGUCAACUGUCGAAUCAACGUCACCCACGACAAGCGAACAAUCCUGACCCGAUACCUGGUGGGCUGCGAUGGAGCGCACUCCAAGGUUCGAAAGAGCAUCCCCGACGUCGAGGCCGUGGGCAUGUCCCAGGCCGCCAUCUGGGGCGUGCUGGACGGCGAGCUCAUUACCAAUUUCCCCGACAUUUGGUCCAAGACUCUGGUGUAUUCCGAGGAGCAUGGGUCCAUUCUCAUCAUUCCGCGCGAGAGAAAUAUGACUCGCUUCUAUAUCGAGCUCAAGGCUUGCGCGUCGACGGACCGGCGCCAGCUCGGCCAGAACUUUGUCAUGCAACAGGCAAGAAAGAUCAUGGCGCCCUUCAGCGUCGACUGGAGGUACAUAGAAUGGUUCGGGCGCUACCAGGUCGGCCAGCGCGUGGCGAGCCGCUUCGCGGAUGCCAAAACCCGCGUCUUCCUCUCCGGCGACGCCAGCCACACCCACUCCCCCAAGGCGGCGCAGGGCAUGAACACGUCUAUGCACGACUCGUGGAACCUCUCGUGGAAGCUCAAUCUCGCCGUGCGCGGUCUGGCCAAGCCGGAGCUGCUGGAGAGCUACGAGAAGGAACGGCGCAAGAUCGCCCUGGAUCUCGUCAACUUCGACUACGAGCACGCCAACCAGAUUGCCGGCGGCGACGCGGUGGCUCUGGCCAAGAACUUCAAAGCAAACGUUCGCUUCAUCUCGGGCAUCGGGGCCGAGUACGGCAAUAGCUCCAUCAAUCGGGCGGGCUCGUCGGACGGUCCCCCACUCGUCGGCGAUGCCCGGCCGGGAUGUUUGCUCCCGCCCGCCAAGGUUACGCGCUACAUCGACUCCAACCCGGUCGACGUGCAGCUCGACAUCCCCAUGCUCGGCCAGUUCCGCAUCUUCUUGCUCAUGUGGGACGUGCAGCAAGCGGCGCCCUUCUUGACAACCUUUUGCCGCGCCAUUGCCGACACCAGCUCCUUUGUCAGCCAGAUCUCGGCUGCCGCGAGUGCAUCCUACGCCACGCAGCCCCGACUGGGGUCCCCCGAAGACGUCUACAUCCGCCCCGAGCGGUACACGGCCGUCAGCCAUCUGUUCACAUUUGCACUGAUCACAACCAUGGCCAAGGCGGAAAUUGAAAUAUCCGACCUUCCAGCCAUGCUCCAGGACAGCCGUUGGACGCUGUACCUCGACGACAUACCCGAGAAGGACACGAGGGGUCAGCUCUGCACCGACAAGUGGCUCGGCAGCCUCGAACCGGGCGAAGUAGCCAUUGUCAACGUACGCCCGGAUGGCUACGUAGGUUCCGUGGACCGAUGGGACUCGAGCGUCGACGAUGCCGGAGUGGAAGCCGCGCGUUGGGUGGACGACUACUAUGGGGGCUUUAUGCAGAUUCCGAAGCCAACGACGUGA